AUCAAAACCAACUAAUCAACUCACCAAUCACAUCGAAAUCAAAUCAACUUAACAGUCUCAAGAUGAUGAGAGCUGAUGGUCAAUUUGGAGAUGAUGAUGAAUCUUCACCUACUGCGUUUACAAAGAAGUACAGAGAAUUCGAACAAACCUAUCAGUCACAGCUCGACCGGUUGACUCCUUAUACAACUUAUCGUUGGGCAGGCACAAUCGGAUUGAUCUUUCUUUUCAUGCUUAGGAUACUCUUGUCACAAGGAUGGUAUAUUGUCACCUAUGCCCUUGGGAUCUAUCUCUUAAACCUUUUCUUGGCAUUCUUACAACCCAAAUUCGAUCCAUCACUUGAGCAAGAUCAGGCUGAAAACGAAGUAGAAGCUGGAGGUCCAUCUGAUGGACUCCUUGGCAACACGAAUGGUGGAACAGAUGAAGAAUUUAAACCUUUCAUCAGGCGUUUACCAGAAUUUAAGUUUUGGCAUUCAGCCACUCGAGCUACUCUAUUUUCAUUGAUUGCUACUCUCUUUGAAUUUACCGAUGUCCCGGUCUUUUGGCCGAUCCUACUUGUUUACUUUUUCGUUCUCUUCUCCAUCACGAUGAGACGACAAAUUGCACAUAUGCGACGAUACAAAUACGUGCCAUGGGACUAUAUGCGGAAAGCUCGAUACUCCGGCAGCAAAUAAGUCCUCUUCCCAAGCAACCCCAACAGACUCACUUCACAUGGGUUAUUCUUCUAAACCUCAACCCUACACUCAUAUAACCUCCUCAUCAACUUCUCCGCUGAAGAGAAACCGAUCAUAGAAACCGAAAACCAACGGUGUGAUAAAUAUCUUUUCCUUUUUACAGAUACGUAUCACAUGGUAUAUAUAUAUCUAGACUUUUGGACGCAUCUUCCUCUUUUUUGGUUUUAGCUGCUUAAAGAAUUGCUUUUCUUUGUGAUUAGUUACCUGUUUGAUGAACAUCCAUAUCUAUACAAUCUUCCUUUUUACCCAUCUUGACAAGUUGGUCUGACUGUUACAUAGAAUCCACCGGAAAGUCACAUAAGGUCAACAUUGAUUGAUAGGGAAAUAUGAUGCGGGUUUAGCGUUUAUGCUGG